UUGCUUUCAGCAUAUUUCCUCCUGUAUACCUUCUACGCGUUUUGAUGACGUCACCUAUAUCUUACAACUGCGGUUGUCGACCUGAACUGUCGCACGCGUUCGCUGCCAGAAGGUCACGUUGCCUAGGUUGCUCGUAACAGUUUAUCCAAGCAGUACUGUAUUUUCUCCUUUUAAUAAGCGUAAUGGACGAUAUGGACCAUCUCAGUUUGUCGGAGAAAGCAGAAGCGACUGAGCUCCAGCGACUGAUCGCCAUAGAGCAGCAGAAGGCGCAGUUCCAGGCCCAGGUGCACAACUUCACAGAUGUUUGCUGGGACAAGUGUGUGGACAGUCCAGGGACGAAACUAGACUACCGGACAGAGACUUGCCUUGUGAGCUGUGUGGAGCGGUUCAUCGACACCACCUUAGCCAUCACCAACCGCUUCACUCAAAUGGUGCAGAAAGGCACCCAUUGACAGAUGGACUUGAUAUAGCCCUUUAAUAUAUUCAUUUAGCAUAUGAAUAUAAUGUUUUUAGUACUAACAUGUUCAUCGUUGGGCAUUUGAGGAAAGUAUUGCUUCGAAUUCUGUCACUCUUGUUUCUUGCAAAUGUUAGUAAUGGGCAUUUUAUGUUUGAAUGCAGUGGUCCUUGAAUUUGGACAAAUGUAAAUCGUCUAUUAUUGAAAGUGGCUACCUCUUGUCCGGAUUCAUUAAAGACACUUUUUCAUGAA